CAGGGCAACAACAAAAAAAAACAGGCUAUUGUGUUUUGACAUUAGAAACCUCAUCUACCCCUUAUUUCUUCAUUUUGAUUUUUCAAAGAGCUUUACAAAGACAUCUUGACUCCUCUGUUUAUUCAAGACCUAGACAAAAGAUUUAAGAAUGCUAAGAAGAGAAUGACUCCUCCCGGUCCAUCAAGACACCGUGUCUUUGCUGCGGUCUCGGGGCAGCCCUCUCAUCCUUCCGUGGUACUGUCUGCAUUCCCCAGUCAUCCGCCUGGUCCCCUCCACUGUGUACAGUAGUGGUCACCCAGUGUUCAGGAAAGGCUCCCCUGUAAAUAUGCCUGAAUGGAGGUCUCAGUGGCAUCUCGUCCUGCUGAACUCCCUGACAUGUGGCCUAGAGAUCUGUGUGGCAGCUGCGACCACAUAUGUGCCACCGCUGCUUCUGGAGGCGGGCGUGGAGGAGCGCUACAUGACUAUGGUGCUAGGUAUUGGCCCAGUGCUUAGCCUCUUCCUCACUCCUUUUGUGGGCUCAGCCAGUGACAACUGUAACAGUCGUUACGGCAGACGGCGGCCUUUCAUCUGGUUGCUGUCCCUCGGUGUCCUUAUAGCACUUUUUAUCAUUCCCAAUGCAGAUAUACUUGCUUCACGACUUUUUUGGGGUGGACAAGGGCUCCAGGUGGGCUUCCUGAUUAUUGGUGUAGGACUCCUUGACUUCUGUGGACAUGUGUGUUUCACGCCGCUGGAGGCUCUACUGUCAGACCUGUAUCGAGAAGAGGAAGAGUGUGCGCAAGCCUUUGCCAUGUUCUCCUUUAUGGUCAGCCUGGGUGGCUGUGUGGGUUACUUGCUUCCUACACUGGAUUGGAGUGGUGGUGUGCUCUCUGUUUACCUUGGAGGGCAGGCGGACUGCCUUUUUUCCCUACUCAUUCUCAUCUUCGUGUCCAGUUUGAUGAUUACUAUGAAGGUGUCUGAGGAACCCUCUUGUGCCAGCAGCACUCUGACUGUCUCCAGUUCUUUAUUGGACUCAGGAGCCACGAUGGAGGCUGGCCGUUGUGGCUUCCCAUUUACUUGCUGCUACUUUCUUAAGUGUAAGCUAAAGAUCUGGAAGUCUGGGCCGUUGUUGUGCCUGCUGAGAACAUGCUGGUCCAUCUACAGAAGUUAUUGCCAUGUUCCCCAUGUUAUGAGGCAGCUUUGUGUGGCUCAGCUCUGUAGCUGGAUGGCCGUCAUGUCUUUUGUACUCUUCUACACAGACUUUAUUGGCGAAGGGCUCUAUGAUGGAGUACCCAGUGCAGCUCCAGGAAGUGUCUCUAGACAAAGAUAUGAUGAAGGUAUUCGCAUGGGGAGCCUGGGUCUCUUCAUGCAGUGCGCUACCUCAACAGUCUUCUCCCUGCUUAUGAGUCGAUUGGUGCAGCGUUUUGGCUCUCGCAGAGUCUACAUGAGCAGUAUGGUGAGCUUUACACUGUCUGCAUUGGUCAUCUCCGUGUCUAAAAGUGUGGCCCUUGUUACUGUAAUGGCAGCGCUCACUGGCUUUGCCUAUGCCACUCUACAGACUCUGCCUUAUACACUCACCUGCCACUACCAUAAAGAAAAGGAGGUCUAUAUGCCAAAAAGGACAGCAAAAAACAUGCAUAAAACUCAUAUUACAACCAACAGGGACUCCAUAUAUUUGACAUCUGUCGACGUGGAGGGUAGACUGACCCAUCAAAAAAGGCCUACCUAUGGACAGGACCCACAGGAGUUUUACUCCAAUGCUACCAGUCUGAACGGCUCAGUGCACUGUCCUAGUAACUCUGAACAGCAGGACGACACUGAGUCUGGCUAUGAGAAGAGAGGUGUGGGACUGGACUUUGCUAUUUUAGACAGUGCCUUUUUAAUCUCUCAGGUUAUUCUUACUUUUUUCAUGGGCAUGAUUGUUCAGUUUGCGCAGUCAGUUACAGCCUACAUGGCCUGCUCAGCCAUUUUUGGUGCUGUGGCAAUCUACUUCAGUGGUCGAAUUGUGUAUGACCAAAAGGACUUGAACAGCUAUAAUAUGCUGUAGAUGAGACAUACUGUAGGUAAAUCUACAUUUAGAAGCCAUCCAGGUUCGGUGGAUUUAAAUUCAGCAAUGCACUGUGUUUUCCCCAAGAAUGCCUUUGUCUAUUGCCAAGUGUUUCUAAAAUAUGGCAAUGUUUUUGCCUACAGUGUGAAAGUGUAUGGAAAAAUGAUAAUGUGUGAGUUGUGCCCAUUGACUUUUUUUUUUUCUCAGGAACAACCGAUUUUACUGUGGAACUCAAUUCAAUACCUUUUUGAGCUAUGUGUAGUUUUGGUAAAAAUCUAAGACUGUAAAUAAUCAUAUUGAGGUGACUUAUUACUGGGAUAUUUUGCAAAUUAAGGGUUUCUAUUUACACAAGAUGGCCUUUGACUGUAGUCAGUUGGUUUAGUACAUGAACUUUUACAUUUUACAAAAUAGCAUUUUUGGUUGACAAUCUUAAUCUUAGGCUGUGAUGUCAGCAUAUUGUUUGGAUGAUGUGAAAAGUCGAGUACAGGGGGAAAAAAACUAAUAAAAUCAUAAAUCACAAAUCAUAAACUUAAGCAAUACUGAAGUCAAUUCACAUAAAUGCUGAUUUAAUAGUGGCCUCUCCAUGUGCCAGUUGCUGUCACAGUUUCAUUAGUAGGCUAAAACUGCUGGAGCAUAGUUAUGUUUUAAAUUGGAAGAACUUCAAAUAUAAGCCUGAUUUGGACUAAUCAUAUUGUGUGGAUAUAUGACAUAAGCCUACUGCGUAGAAGAAUCUGACAUUGUAGGCAUGCCAUAUGUUUUUAUAUGGAAUAGCCAGUUACAGUAAAAUAUUUAAGUGCCUUUUGUGUUCUUGUUUGUAUAUUCUAUAUCGAAUUAUUUAUUAAGCUUUUUUUUUUUUUUUUUAAACAAACAAAAAAAAACAACAAAAAAAAACCCUCACACAUACUGUCUUCUGUUGGCAGUGUCUUUUAUGUGCAAAGGUUUCUGUUUUAAAUUAUAAAUUAUUUGUAUAGAUGUGAGUGUUCUCAAAGUGUUAAUUUAUUUUUGCUAUUUUUGAGAAGUUAACAAGGGCAAUUGUCUGCAUUCAGUCAGCUGCAGAUGAAGAUAUUGAAUGAAUAAACGUAAAUAAGAACACUGUGAGGUUACUUCCUCUAAUGCAGCAGAAAGUUGUGCUCAUUUAUGUUUAUGCCGGUUUUGUAUAACCACUUUACUUUAGUUUUGUAAUACUGUUAAAGUAACUAUACAUGUGCGCCAUUUCUGUUUUUCUUUGUGACCAAAUAUUCUGUUUGAUUCAAACCACUUAAGUGCCAAUGGCCAGAUUUGAGGCCCAAUCUCUUAUGUUUGCUUAAACUACCUGUAACAAUACUGGUUGUUUCCGAAAUCCGCUGUUGUUGAAAUCCAUCAAAACAGAAAACAAAAAGGAUUUCUAAAUAAAAGAUGACGUUUC